AUGAGUACACUCCAAUCCAUGAGGAUUCAUCAUUCCCUCUAUCAUUCUUUAGGUAAAAUGGAUAAAGAAUUAAUUAUAAUGAUAUUUAGAAAUAGAUAUCUUAAAGAGAUGAUAUUUAACUUUGAUAGAUCAGAACAACAAAAACAAGAUAGAUAUAGUAUCAGUAUCACUAGAGUCUAUAGAUAUGAUGAUUGGUAUUCUGCCGAUCAUAUGAUACGUCAUCGUCACUUUGGAUUACUCAUCAACAAGUUGCAGCGAGGUAUUAGUGUUGCAUUUACAAACAAAUCGAUUGAAUUGAUUUGUCAAGAGGUCAAAGAUACCGAGCAAUGGCGUGCACUCUACCAAUUGAAACGUUCGUCAUUUGUUGGUGCAAAUUUGGUUUGGUGUGCAUGUCUUGGAGGUAAUAUUGAAAUCAUUCAAACAUUGCUCGAACAAGAACAUCCCGUUCGAUUGUCAACACAAGACGUAUCAAAUAUCUCGUCAUCGGUGACACCAGAAAUUAGAAAGUUGCUUACUGACCACAAAGUGAAAUGUGAUACACACCAUGACCAGAGAAUAGUCGGUAAGCCACUCACACUCAAUACCGACAAACUCAGAAGGUCGUACGCCAAUUUCGACAGCUACAAAUCACUGGAUAGCAAAGGACUAGAGAAUGCAUUCCAAGAGGAGGAUAUCGAGUUGGCAAAACGUAUACUUCAACACAAAGACUUUCAUUACAGCCACUACGAGUUUAUACAUAAAAACUAUAACCAUAGAUUCAUUGCAAAGGUAUUGGAGGUGUUGGAUGAUCCAAAUAAUGGGAUUCCAAGAUCUUCAAAAAUCUACCUAACAAAAACUAGGAAAACAUUUAAAAGCUCUACAAUGGAGUCAUUAAUGUGUCACUCGUCAUCACAUCAACUCUACCAAUUAUUUGUUACCAACAAAGAGGAAAGUUAUAAUAUACAGAGAAUGGUCAUGUCGGUUGGUAAUAUAGAGUUUUUAAAAUAUAUACAUACCUCUUCUGAUCCAUCUUGGAUAUUGUAUGAUAUUAGUAGUGCACUUAGGGUUGGUAGAUACGAUGUCAUAGAGUAUAUGGUUGAUACCUAUACAACCAAAUUCACACUAGAAAAUAUAUUAUUAUCAAUUGCAAUGUCUGGUCAAUCACAAACAUUGGAUUAUUUUUUAAACAAAAAACCAUCACUCCAACAACAACUAUUGGAUUCCUCAAUCGUCGAUCCAAAACAAUUAAUCAAUCAUCUAAUUAGAGAAAAUCAUUUGGAAAUGUUAUUAUAUCUUUUCGAAAAAGUUGGUUUUAAAAAUGAAUAUAUAAAACCAUUACUAAAAAAUACAAAUAUGAAACAACAAUUAUUAAUUGUAUUAAAACAAAUUGGUCAAUCUAAAUGUAAAUAA